GAAGCCAGGUGCUUGUCCAUGAAGAGUGAUCGGUCUAAGUUUGAACCCACUGACUUCAAACAUGGACACCCGUCUGUUGAUGAAGGCGUUAACCAGCAGAGCUCAGAGGAUCUCAGAGGUCAGUCUGUCCCUCAGCAUCAAAAAGAUCUGGACUCCAUAUUGAUGUUGUUGGAGGAGAACAUCAUCAGUUACGUGAAGAAUGAGAUGAAGAAGAUCCAGAAGGUUCUGAGUCCAAAUUACCCAGAAUGCUUAGAGAAUCAAAGGGAGGAGGAGUUGGAGGGUGAGGAUGAAGAGCAGAGGAGGAGCAGCAGAGAGUCAUUUCUGAAGAUCACACUACACUUCCUGAAGAAGAUGAAGCAGGAGGAGCUGGCUGACUGUCUGCAGAGAACUAUUAGUUUGAUGUGCCAGCAAAAACUCAAGUCCAGCCUGAAGAAAAGGUACCAGUGUGUGUUUGAGGGGAUCGCGAAAGCAGGAAACCCAACUCUUCUGAAUCAGAUCUACACAGAGCUCUACAUCACAGAGGGAGGAACUGCAGAGGUCAAUGAUGAGCAUGAGGUCAGACAGAUUGAAACAGCAUCCAGGAAACCAGACAGAGCAGAAACAACCAUCAGACAAGAAGAUAUCUUUAAAGACUCACAUGGAAGAGAUGAACCAAUCAGAACAGUGAUGACAAAGGGAGUGGCUGGCAUUGGGAAAACUGUCUUAACACAGAAGUUCACUCUGGACUGGGCUGAAGACAAAACCAACCAGGACAUCUACUUCACAUUUCCAUUCAAUUUCAGAGAGCUGAAUGCGCUGAAAGAGAAAAAGUUCAGCUUGGUGGAACUUGUUCAUCGCUUCUUUACUGAAAUCAAAGAAGCAGGAAUCUGCAGCUUCCAACACUUCCAGGUUGUGUUCAUCUUUGACGGUCUGGAUGAAUGUCGACUUCCUCUGGACUUCCACAACAAUGAAAUCCUGACUGAUGUUACAGAGUCCACCUCAGUGGAUGUGCUGCUGACAAACCUGAUCAGGGGGAAACUGCUUCCUUCUGCUCGCCUCUGGAUAACCACACGACCGGCAGCAGCCAAUCAGAUCCCUCCUGAGUGUGUUGACAUGGUGACAGAGAUCAGAGGGUUCACUGACCCACAGAAGGAGGAGUACUUCAGGAAGAGAUUUAGAGAUGAGGAGCAGGCCAUUGGCAUCAUCUCCCACAUCAAGAUAUCACGAAGCCUCCACAUCAUGUGCCACAUCCCAGUCUUCUGCUGGAUCACUGCUACAGUUCUGGAGGAGCUGUCAAAAACCAGAGAGGGAGGAGAUCUGCCCAAGACCCUGACUGAGAUGUACAUCCACUUCCUGGUGGUUCAGACCAAAGUGAAGAAGGUCAAGUAUGAUGGAAGAUCUGAGACAGAUCCACACUGGAGUCCAGAGAGCAGGAAGAUGAUUGAGUCUCUGGGAAAACUGGCUUUUGAGCAGCUGCAGAAAGGAAAUCUGAUCUUCUAUGAAUCAGACCUGACAGAGUGUGGCAUCGAUAUCAGAGAGGCCUCAGUGUAUUCAGGAGUGUUCACACAGAUCUUCAAAGAGGAGAGAGGACUAUACCAGGACAAGGUGUUCUGCUUCGUCCAUCUGAGUGUUCAGGAGUUUCUGGCUGCUCUUCAUGUUCAUCAGACCUUCAUUGAAUCUGGUGUCAACCUGAUGGAAGAACAGACAACAUCCUCCGAGAAGCAUAAAGCAUCUCAAGAAAAACCUACUCUAAAACAUCUCUACCAGAGUGCAGUGGAUGAGGCCUUGCAGAGUCCAAAUGGACACCUGGACUUGUUCCUGCGUUUCCUCCUGGGUCUUUCACUGCAGACCAAUCAGAAUCUCCUACGAGGCCUGCUGACAGAGACAGAAAGUAGCGCACAGACCAAUCAGGAAACAGUCCAGUACAUCAAGAAGAAGCUCAAUGAGAAUCUGUCUGCAGAGAGAAGCAUCAAUCUGUUCCACUGUCUGAAUGAACUGAAUGAUCGUUCUCUUGUGGAGGAGAUCCAACAGUUCCUGAGAUCAGGACGUCUCCCUACAGAUAAACUGUUUCCUGCUCAGUGGUCAGCUCUGGUCUUCAUCUUACUGUCAUCAGAAGAACAUCUGGAUGUGUUUGACCUGAAGAAAUACUCUGCUUCAGAGGAGACUCUUCUGAAGAUGCUGCCAGUGGUCAAGGCCUCCAACAAAGCUGUACUGAGUGGGUGUAAUUUGUCAUGGAGAAGUUGUGAAGCUCUGUCCUCAGUCCUCAGCUCUCAGUCCUCUAGUCUGAGAGAUCUGGACCUGAGUAACAACGACCUGCAGGAUCCAGGAGUGAAGCUGCUUUCUGUUGGACUGAAGAGUAAACACUGUGAACUGGAAACUCUCAGGCUAAGCAGCUGUAACCUCUCGGAGAGAAGUUGUGAAACUCUGUCCUCAGUCCUCAGCUCUCAGUCCUCUAGUCUGAGAGAUCUGGACCUGAGUAACAACGACCUGCAGGAUUCAGGAGUGAAGCUGCUUUCUACUGGACUGAAGAGUCCACAUUGUGAACUGGAAAGUCUCAGUCUGUCAGGUUGUCUGGUCACAGAAGAAGGUUGUUCUUCUCUGGUCUCAGCUCUGAGCUUCAAUCCCUCCCAUCUGAGAGAGCUGGACCUGAGCUACAAUCAUCCAGGAGACUCAGGAGUGAAGCUGCUUUCUGCUGCAGUGGAGGAUCCACACUGGAGACUGGACACUGUCAGGGUGGAUCAUUGUGGAGAACAGAGACUAAAACCUGGUCUGAGGAAGUAUUUCUGUGAACUUGAAGUGGACACAAACUCGGUGAACAGAUUCCUGAAAGUGUCUGACAACAACAGGAAGGUGACGCUGGUGAAGGAGGAGCAGCCAUAUCCUGAUCAUCCAGACAGAUUUGACUGUAGUCAGCUGCUAUGCAGAAAUGAUCUGACUGGUUGCUGUUACUGGGAGGUUGAGUGCAGAGAAUUUGCUCAUAUAUCAGUGAGUUACAGAGGAAUCAGAAGGAGAAGAGACCGAAUUAACUCCAGGUUUGGAUGGAAUGAUCAGUCUUGGAGUCUGUUCUAUUCCAGUGGUUUUUUCUCUGUCUGUCACAAUCGCAGAGAAACAUCCAUCUCAUCUGCCUCCAUCUCUAACAGAGUAGCAGUGUAUGUGGACUAUCCUGCUGGCAUUCUGUCCUUCUACAAUGUUUCCUCUGACUCUCUGAUCCACCUGCACACCUUCAACACCACAUUCACUGAACCUCUGUAUCCUGGAUUUAGAUUAUGGUCAUCUGGAUCCUCAGUGUCUCUUUGUUCUCUGUAGGACUGAGACUGUUUGGAAGUGACAGCAGCUUCAUAUCUGUGCUUUAAAUGAUGAUGAUGGAUGAUAUUUCACUAAGAUCUGAAUCACUGUGAAUUUUUUAUUUAGAAAGUGUUCAACUUAAACAAAUUAAUCUCAGCAUCUCUUAGCUGUUAAUGGCUUCAGUAGUUGCCAGUU